UUCGUCUUCAACCAUUCCGUAAGCGUUCAAACCGUCGGCUCCAACCUGUCCGGUUCGCGGACCUCGACCGCCGGAUAAACGAACGGAAACACACACAAGACAACGAACACGUAAGGAGGAGAAUGGAUAAGACGAGUUGACAUACAACACCGGCUUGAAAACGGACCAUGGCUAGAUUAUCAAUCCUAAUGUAUGUUCUGCUAGUCCAUUUACAACGUUUAACGGGAGCACAGGAUGUAAGUGUAGGAUUAAGUGAAAUUUGUCGAGAAUUUAGUCCAGGAGAUGACGAUCUUCCAGCUUUUGAUUUUAUCAGAAAGUUUAAUUUAGACGAUAUUCAAUUAAAUAUCAGAGGAGUCAAAAGUGUACGCGGUUCUAAUAAAAUGCAGACUGCUUAUAGACUUAAUAAAAAAGCUGAUCUGACUCUUCCCACAAGGUCGAUUUUUCCUAUUGGUUUACCAGAUGCAUUUUCUUUCGUUGCUACUUUUAAGAAAAGGAAUGGACGUAAAGAUCCUUGGUCGUUAAUUCGUAUAAACGAUAUUCUAAGAAAACCGCAAUUUGGUAUUAAUCUCUUUCCAAAAAAACAAAGAUUGGACUUUUAUUUUCUAGAUUUAGAAGGGAAACAACAAAUAUUAAAGUUUAAUAAUAUAAACAUCGAAGAUAACCAAUGGCAUAAAAUCGAUUUAAGUGUACAGCAUGAUAAAGUCACUCUAUAUUUGGAUUGUGAAAAGCAAACUACUUUAUACGCCGAACAAAGAGGACCCGUUGACAUAAAUGGAGAUAUAACAAUUGCUAAAUACGAAGGAAGUAAUGAAACUGUUCCGCUGGAUCUUCAAUGGAUGGUUAUGAGUUGUGAUCCAACUCGUUCGGAAAGAGAAUCGUGUUCAGAAUUACCACCUAAAAAACCUUCGAGACCAGAAUGUCAGAUUUGCCCUCCUGGACCUCCUGGAAUCAAUGGAACCGAUGGAUUAAUAGGACCUCAAGGAUUUCCUGGACCACCUGGUGAACCGGGUUUAGCGGGAUUACCUGGUCCUCAAGGCCCUACAGGAAUUUCAGGAGUACCCGGAGCACCAGGAUUACCUGGACCUAUUGGACCUCCUGGACCUAUUGGACCACCAGGACGUGAGGGUCUGCCUGGACCGAAAGGAGAACGAGGAUUACCUGGUAUUUCGGGACCAUCGGGUUCGAAAGGCGAAAAAGGUGAUGCUGGAGAAUCCGGAGAACCAGGAGUACCAGGUCUACCAGGUAUUAUGGGACCGAGAGGUCCACCUGGGUUACCCGGUGAUUUAGAAGGUGUUGUAGGACCUCCAGGAGAACCAGGAAUUCCUGGUCCUCCAGGAGAACAAGGAUUACAAGGAUUACCAGGACCUCCAGGACUUCCUGGAAAAAAAGGAGAAACAGGAUCAUCAGGAGAACCAGGAAUACCAGGAAAAAGGGGAUUAAUAGGAGAAACAGGAUUUCCUGGUAGUCCAGGAAAACCAGGACCACCUGGACCUCCAGGAUUACCAGGAAGAGAUGGCAUUCCCGGGACUACUUCGGUUCCUACUGCUAUUCCAGGUCCUCCAGGUCCACCAGGAGAAACAGGACAGAGAGGUCCUCACGGUCCAAAAGGAGAGAAAGGUGUAAGAGGAGAUCAAGGUUUUCCAGGAUUAAUUGGUUCUAAAGGUGAAAAAGGAGAGAGAGGUGAUCCAGGUACACCUGGUUUAGACGGUCUUAAGGGAGAUAGAGGUGAACCAGGAAGAUCAGGAGAACCUGGAUUAAAAGGUGAAAGAGGUUUUACUGGUGCACCAGGAAUUAGAGGAGAUUCCGGUCUUAUUGGUUUACCAGGACCUCCUGGGGUAGAAGGAGUUCCGGGAAGACCCGGACAUAAAGGAGAAAAGGGCGAUCAAGGAGAACCUGGACGACCUGGUGAUGUGGCUAGAGCAGGAGAACCUGGACCACCUGGACCACCCGGUCCCGUAGGAGAACCCGGUUUAGAUGGACAAAAAGGAGAAAGUGGACCUGCCGGUGAAUCAGGACCACCUGGUCCCCCGGGACUUCCGGGUUCUACCGGACCUGUAGGUCUUCAAGGUGAAGAAGGAGCUCCGGGUCCAAAAGGUACAAAAGGAGAAAGUGGACCGAGAGGACCAGAUGGGCUACCGGGAGAAUCAGGAAUACCAGGAAAACAAGGACCUGUUGGAAAACCAGGACCAAAAGGUGAUCAAGGAGACAGGGGUCCUCGUGGCCCCGAAGGGCAAAGAGGACCAGUAGGACCAAUUGGGCCUGCUGGGAUAAUUGGAGCACCCGGACCACCCGGGCUUCCUGGAUUAUCUGGAACACCGGGUAAAAUGGGUCCUCCAGGGCCUCCAGGACCUCCCGGAGAAAAGGGUGAUAGUGUAAUUACAACUUAUGAAGUGGAUGGAAUUAUUCCCCAUCGAGGUCCACAGGGUCUCUCUGGACCUAUGGGACCACCGGGAAUGCCGGGUGAAAGAGGUGCACUCGGAGAAAGAGGACCCGCAGGUCAACCUGGUCCAUCCGGUAUGCCUGGCCCUUCUGGUCCACCGGGAUUAUCUGGUCCACCCGGGAGUAGAGGACAACCUGGAAUGCCUGGAUUACCAGGGCCACCUGGAAGAGGAUUCACUGAAGAAGAAAUGAGAGAAAUUUGUGCAGCUGUUCUCAGAGAACAAUUAGCAGACUUGUCAUCCAAGCUGAGAGGUCCACCGGGACCUCCUGGAAGAGGAAAGCCAGGGCGUCCAGGACCUCCUGGCCCUCAAGGACAACCAGGCGAUCCAGGAAUUCCUGGUUUACCUGGAGAAAGAGGAUUUAUGGGAUUACCGGGAAUGCCAGGUCCUCACGGUCCACCAGGACCUAAAGAAGGAUAAAACCUUAACUCAUUCACGUGGCCAGAUCAUGGCUUGGUACCCUAUUCUCAGGGUUCCACUUAAUGUCUUUAAAUCAUGACUAUUCGGGCAUUUUCGGCGGUGUUGCCGAUCUUAUUCCUGAUCAUGUUUUGCUAUGGUUUGAUUUCGCCGCAAACAACAACAAGCAGAUGAAAUAAUUGGAUCCCCAUACAAAGCCACAUUAAAUCAAUGCAGGAGGACAAUGCAGGAGGACAAUGCAGGAGGACAAUGGAUUUGCAGAAAUAGGAUUCGAAUCAAUGCAGGAGGACAAUGGAUUUGCAGAAAUAGGAUUCGAAGCAAUGCAGGAGGACAAUGGAUUUGGAGAAAUAGGAUUCGAAGUUCACUAAAAAAAAAGGCGCAGAAAAGUCCUAAAGAAACGAAAAAUGACGAUGAAAAUACUUAUUGAAUAUAGCCUAUUGCAAUGAAUAAUAUGGAACUACUCAGGAAGAGUGGAUUAUGUACUGCAAGUGUGAACAUGCAGUACAUUAUCCACUUUUUUUUUUUACUUAAAUAUACCUUUAAACUUGUAUUUCUUUCUUUUAAUAGUGAAUUCCAACUUAUACAUUGUUAAUAACACAAAUUUAUAUACCUGCCUAUCUUGCCCCAUUACUGUUGCCGAGGUUGCCCCUGGUAUGGGGGCAACUUUGGCAAUUGCUAUCUUUUUAUAAAAUUAUUAUUAUUGUGAUUAUAUUUAUUUCCAAACUGAUUUUAACCAAUUCUAUGGUAAGGUUACAUUCUGGUAGGCAAUAAACAACGCUUUUCUUUCAGUUUACAGCAGUAUUUGUUACACAAAAUUUAACUUAUUCUUAUCGUGUCGAAGUUGUCUUGUCCGCGGCUUUUCAUUACGAGAAAUUCAAUUUUAUUUAUUUUUUCAUUGAGUAAUAAUUGAUAAAAUCUGACGCUAUCAAAUGGAUUAAAUUUAUAUCUUACAUUUAAUAGAGAACUACAGAAUGAUUUCACAAAU